AAUCCAUGUGGAAGAGUUGGGCUUUUGGGACGGUAGCGAGGCCUAGCUCUUGCGGGGUUUGGAUUGCCAGCGCGAGACGAGCAUCUGAUCUUUUGAUCCACUGUGGAGAUGCUCAAGGCAACAGCGGCUCUGAUCUGGCAGACUUUGUGGAGUGGUUUCGACAACAAGACUUUAAGCACAAGAUCUUUGUGAGGGGCAACCACGAGAAAGGCCGCGAGUAGCUUGACUUGAUUUGUACUGAGCCUGGUGAGUCAUUACGCUCCCAUGUGCCAGUCCACAGACAGAACCAUCCAUUGGCACUGAUAUGCAAGGUUCUUUGCUGAAGGUGUUCUGGUCCAUCCAAAAGAAGAUAAUGGGAAGAUGGUGGAAAGACCGUUUGGGCGCGGUCUACCUCCGUGGGGCCACUCACUGUGGAAAGCUGAAGCUCUUUGGGAUUCCCUACCAACCCGACGGUUUCAUGCAAAUGGCCUACUCCAAGCAGAUCCCAGAGCAAUUGGAUUUGCUGGUCACGCACGAGCCACCGCACAAAAUGUUGGACUACGCCUGGGCAUCCAGUUUCCGGCAGGAACACAUCGGCUCCAAGACGUUGAAGAGCGCGCUGGGCCGGUUGGCCCACAAGAGCCGCACCAACAAAAGGAGGUUGUCACCUCGUGUGCACUUAUUCGGCCACGUUCAUGAAGGUCGUGGGAAAUUGGAGAAGAAUGGCACCUUGUUCCUCAACGUGUCAAAUGCGAACCCUGGCAUGGCACGCACCCUCCAGCAUCCCUGUGUCGUGCUGGAUAUAGCAACUGAUGGAUCUGGAGACGUGCGCGUGGUGAGCAUGUGA